AUCUGAUUGAGCGGAUGUAAAUAGAAAAUUCCUCGAAAAACUACCUUAUCACUGUAAAAGUGACACUAUGUAGACGUGUACUUCAUUUGAGCAUUGGGCACCAUGGCAGACGGAGGGAGCGAACCUCCGGGAGAUACAACGUCUCCCAAAAUGAGGGACAACUCUUCACAAACGAAUUCAGACCCAUCCAAAAUUUUAACUUCAGAAAAGAAUUGUUUUCAGAUUCCAAAAUGGUUAUUUUGGACUUUUGCAGUGGUAUUUGGAAUAGUUGCUAUGGGAUUAGCAUCAUUUGAUAUAAUUAUGGAAGUUCCUUCGUACCUUGGGUUUUCACCAAACCGCGUUCAAGCAAGCCCAUCCGAUAUAAUGCAAGAGCUAGGAAUUGAUGGCGUUAUUCUAUUCAGACAAUAUGAUCGCAAUGAUGAUGGUUAUUUGUCGAUAGAUGAAUUCGAGCCACUUGCCCAUAGACUUCUUGAAUCAAAUGAAACUGCGACAUACAACUUGACCAUUGAUGAAGCUGAUGAGGUGGUAACCAUAGAAACACUAUUCCAACCUUUCAAUUUGAGCACAAUGUCCAAAGACCUGGAUAGCUUUUUUAGUGGAGAUGUAAAUUCAGUAGCUGGGUUGAAGGCUUGGAAAAAACCUGCUAAAGAGUGGCAGAAUUUUGGCGCUAUGCACUUUGACUUUUUUAUGCCCCCUGACCCAACUCUUCUCGAGAGUGUUGGAAAUGUUUAUGACAUCAUCACGUUCCAUGGAGCAGAUUUGAUGACUGGUCCAUUGUCAAGUAACAGGUAUUAUCCAUCCAGAGUCAUGGAUAAUGAGAAAACUCUAGUCCUCCUGCUAGAAAUGUUCCAUCCCCGUCCAUUCAUCUACAUGAGAUUCCAACCACAAGGCAGUAAAGCUGUAGUGAGAGCCUACAAUGAUAAAUAUGUAGAUAUAGUAUUCAGAAUUCAUGCUGAAUUUCAAAUAAACGAGCCACCAUAUUAUCCAUUUUGGUUCACUCCUGCUCAGUUUACGGGACACGUAAUCUUAGGACGUACAUCCACCGAGGUUUUAGAUUUCCACAUGUAUGUGCCGACUGACAAAAGGCUCAAUGUAGAUCUUGAGUGGUUGAAUGGCCCUCGUGAGGCUGAAAAUAUGGAGGUUGAUAUUGGAUUCAUUCCCCAGAUGGAGCUCCGAAACACUGCUCCAUCUAUCCAUGCUUAUAAUGGUGGGAAAGAUAACAGAGAAACAUUUAUAGAAAAGAAAGAAUCUGCAAAAGAAACUGCUGUGAAGUCAAUUAAAUGGAAGGAGGAGAUAUCUUUCCAGAAAUGUGCCAAUAAACUUGAAGUUGCCUUUUACCCUUUUAAAGAAGUAACCUACCAUAAUUUCACAGAAGUUUUUACAAAAGCGCGGAAAGAGAAUAAGCUCGUCCAUCAGGAGAAGUUCUUGAGUACUUGGUCACUUGUGGCUGAUUUGGAGGCUUAUAAAGCCAACAAAGAGAUGCCAGAGUUGGCUUUGAGUGCCGAGAGGUCUCUAGAGGCUUACAAAUUCCCUGUUGAGAUGAUGGUCAUCCAACCAGAUGGCGUUGUUGUGCAUAGAACUAACGCCAAUGAAUUCCUCGAUGAAGGGCAUGAGAUGUCUUUCAUGGAGUCUGGAUUUGAUGAUCCCAGUGGUGUAGCCUACCUUAAGUUUCUGAAGGAAGGUCUUAGGCUAGCUGAGGAACAGAAGGCGACUCAUACUGCUGAACUAUAGCAUGACCUCCUUCCCAAACCCUUUCCCACUUCCUCUAGGUGUAACUGCAACUUUAUUGACAAUUCUGUUGUCAUGUGAUAUAUCAUGGAUUGAUCGGAAAACUGUGAUUUCAAUCUGUUAUUUUGUAAAUUGAGAGGUAGCGAAACAUUACGUGUCUAAUCAGCUUUGAUUAAUAGAUCAGGCAAUUUAUACUGUAAAUUGCUUUCAUUUGAUGCCUGUUUAAAUUCGGCAGAUUUGUGGAUUGAUAAAAACUGCCAAAUUGAGUGUCUGUCAAUUUUUUGAAAAAUACUCAUAAUCUAUUGAUGGGUCAAUCUGCUAAAUUAAGUAGCCAAAAUUUCAAAUUUUGCCCA